AUGUCGAAGUGGAAGAUCAGUGGGCCACCCAUCGACUGCACGGGCCAACUCGGCAAAGGGAAGGAAAGUGGCCCGGGACCACUCCUCCCUGAGGGUCCCGCUGCUGAUAGUGACAUCGGGUCCGACGUUGAUGAUGGCGACUGCUCUAUGAGAUCCAGAUCGGAAAGUCCCAGCGUGCUUUCCGACCUGAUGUCAUUGGACAGUCAUAGAUCGUCACGAGCUAGUUCACCAAACGACAUCAGCAUGGAGGGCACGGUCCAACAACUUGCCGCCGCCCCGUUGCAGGAAGAUGGGUCCCAGGCGACCACCAACGACGAUUGGGUGAUGCCAGACGCACCACCCAUUACCACCCCACGCAUGAACCAGCAGCAAGUGGAGACUACUUGCCCAACAGGACAUCUCCCCGACCCCGACCUCGAACGGUUGAACGGCCAGGACGUUGACAUGGACUGGGAUGAGGAGCCCGUGACCACGCUCAACAAAGAUGACCCGGCGGCUCCGAGCCAGGCAUCUAGUGAUCACGUUCCGCUCAUUCCUGCAUUCACUGUUGAUGCCGACAACGAUGCCGUGACUUCAGGUCCGAUAUCUAGCGCCGCGGUUCCCCUGCGAUGGAAUCAUUAUGGCAGCCGAAGACCCACAGGGUAA